AUCGAUAGUGCCAUCGCUGUUUCCCCCGCCACCCAUACUGCGGCUUCUAGAACAAAAAAACUAUUCGCGAAUUGAUGAAAACGCCGCUGCGGAAAUUGUGGCAGCUAAUAAAAACCUCGCGGAGGAGGCGCGGGUGAAGUUCUAACCAAAGUAAGAUAAAAGGCACGGCUAGCUGAGAGGCGUCACGUAGACGGCCGACUGAUCGAUAUUCAAUACAGCCACAGGGCAGCACACACCCACACAAGCGUGUGUGUCGCCACACACACAAACACAUGGAUAACACUCGAGGUGGCGAAAAUAAUGUAGAAUUGGCCAACGGCGACAAGGAUUUGGCCAAGGAGUCACCAGAAAAUGGGGAAAAAUCAGGGCAGGAGGGACUUAAAGGGGUGGGUGAAGUUUCCAAGGGGCGGGAAACGCCUGCAAAGGGGGUAAACAACGAGGCGGCAGUGGAAAACAACAACGCAAAUGCCCGCGGAAAUGCCAGUCCAACAACUACAAGCGCAGAGGACGCAGCAACAAAAACAAAUACACUAGCAGAAGCAGAAACAGCAGCAGCAGCAACAACAACUGCAAACAGCAACUUUUUACCCAUACAGCAGCAACAACAAUUGCAGUCAGGCGAUGGGAAUGCAAAUAACACAACAACAGCUACAGCUGCAGCAACAACAACUGCCUUGGCAGAGACAACAAUAACAACCACAAAUACAGACGAGAAGACAGGUAAAGUAAAGCGAAAUUCGCAGAAAACAGAUCCAAUGCCAACUAAUGUGAUUUACAUCCACCCUUCACCACCCACAGAAGAGCGCAAUCACAAAAGGAAAAAAAGAGAUAAGGAGCGUGAUGAAGAUAAGAAUCGGCGGAGCAGCAACCACAACAGUAGUACCAAGGAUCGGGACAAGGAACGAGAUCGGGAUAGGGAGCGUGAGCGGGAAAGGGAAAAGGACCGAGAACGCGACAGGAAUCGCGAGAGCAGCUCCAAAUCCUCCAAGGACAACGACUACAAGUCAAGCUCAUCGCGCAGCAAAGACAAAAAGUACCACCGCAGCGAUAGGGAGAGAGAACGCGAUCGGGAGAAGAUCCCCUCCUCUUCAUCCAGCUCAUCUUCGCACUCGCAUCGCCGACGGAGUUCCGAUAGCAGCCGAAGCAGUCAGAACAGUUCAUCCAAAUUAAAGGAACCUGAUUCGGUUCUCCCACAAUCGGUGGUUACUGUACUAAAGCAGAAAAGUAAUGUGGAGGAUGACAUUAAAAAGGAACCAGUGGCCACCAAACUAGAAGCGGUAUCAGAACCAUCACCAGUACUUAGUAACCUCAUCAAAACUGAAGCGGAAAUCAAAAAGGAAGUUACGGUUGAGCCACCAUUUGGUUUGCCAUUGGUAAAUGGAGAGGCUGCCGGAAAAACACGCGAGGAGGUCACCAGACAGUUAGACUUCGGGGACAAGAGCAAUUCUAAGCUAAUGCCAUCACCGGCACCGAAAACCGUUUCGGUUUCGAAUUCCUCAUCGAGCAAUCAUUCCUCCAGCCAGAACAACAGUAACCGCAAGUCCUACACGUCUUCAUCGUCGUCUUCAUCCUCCAGCAACCAUCACAAGAGUUCCUCAUCGUCAUCUUCUCGUCAUUCUUCCUCCUCUUCAUCGUCAUCUCGGGACUGCUCCAAGUGCUACAAGCGCUCUAAGAUACGGAGAACCAGUGUGGGCGUACAGUGCUUGCAACAUGCACCAGCCGCUGGACCCUGGCAAACAGUUCAGAGUCUGCCGCCAAGGCCAAAUCGUAAACCGCCAGCUGGCUUGGAGAACCUUAAGUACGGCUGCUACUUCCAGGUUGAGCAAUAUCCGAACGGUGGGGCAUCCAUUGUUCACCUGUAUCAGCAUGAAAUAGACGCAUUGCCGCCGGACGAAAUGGAAGAGCUGGUUGAUGAGUUCUUUGAAGUCUGCUUCGCCGAAGAUGAGCAGGGUUAUGCCCACCACGUAAUGGGCAUUGUUCACGAUGCGGCGAGGUAUCUGCCCGAUCUCCUCGAGCACAUGGCUGAGAACUACUCAACGCUGACCGUGAAGGCGGGAGUUCUCGGGCGUAAUUCAGACAUCGAGACCUGCACGAUGUCCCAAUACAAUGAGCAGGUGGUUCGCAACUAUUGCCAAGGAACCUUUCGAUAUGGACCCCUGCAUCAGAUCAGUCUUGUAGGAAAAGUACAUGAAGAGGUGGGCGGCUAUUUUCCGGAUCUCUUGGGUCGCAUUGAAAUGAAUCCUUUUUUAAGAAAGACUAUGCCCUGGGCUUGUAAUUCCAUACUUCAAACGGAUCCUCGACAGUCGAACGAUGGUCCUAUCCUCUGGAUACGUGCUGGCGAGCAGUUGGUGCCUACUGCAGAGCUAAAUAGCAAGACCCCGCUCAAGAGGCAAAGAACUCGUAUCAAUGAGCUUCGUAAUCUUCAAUACCUGCCCCGUUUGUCGGAGGCUCGUGAGACGAUGAUCGAGGAUCGAACCAAAGCGCAUGCAGAUCAUGUUGGUCAUGGCCACGAGCGCAUCACCACCGCUGCAGUUGGCAUACUUAAGGCCGUGCACUGUGGACAAACCUACUCGCAGAACCGCAUCACCAAAGACGUGGUCGCUUUUGCCGCGCAGGACUUCAAUACAAUGGUGGAAAUGCUGCAGCUGGACCUGCACGAGCCGCCGAUCUCGCAGUGCGUUCAGUGGAUCGAGGAUGCCAAGCUGAACCAGCUACGCCGGGAGGGCGUGCGUUACGCGCGUAUCCAGCUGUGCGACAAUGACAUAUACUUCUUACCGCGAAACAUAAUCCACCAGUUUCGAACUGUCACGGCGGUGACGAGCGUAGCAUGGCAUCUACGCCUUCGACAGUAUUAUCCCGGACAGGAGGUGAUUAACGAGAAAAAUAAUCCAGUGCUAGCAGAAACGCCACACUAUAAGGAAAAACAAACGAUCCUGCCAAACCCGAUUAGCCAUGACGAAUGUGGUAAAAAGACGCCCUCAAAGCGUACACACGAUGGCAGGACAAAGAAGAAACUUAUUGACCUCGAUGGGAAGGAGCGGCGUUCCAGUGAGAGCAGCAUUGACGAACAGCCAUCUGCAGGAAGUUCCUCCCCGGGUCAGAAUCAGGAAAGCAAUAGCAACAGUAGUAGUCUGAGCAGUGCGAGUGGGGUCGGUACACCCAAAAAGAAGACCAGCAAGGAUGACUCUAAGAUAGAUAUGAGGAAAAUGGUUUUGGAGCACAAAUAUAAGCUCACCAAAGCGGCGGUUGUGGGUACUCAAGAGAAGGAAAAGCCCAAAAAGGAAAAGGAGAAAGAAAAGCCAAGGGAGAAGGAUAGAGAUAAAGAUAAGGAUAAAGACAAAGAAAAGGAGAAGGAAAAGGAAAAGGAAAAGGAAAGGAGGAGCGAAACUCCCAAAAAACAUUCAACGCCAGCCAAGAGCUGUUCCAUAAGCGAGCCUUCGCCAGCUAAAAUUCCCCGUUUAAACAAUGAUGCAUCUACCAAUUCUCCUGUUUCCACAGUUGUUCCAAAAGCUGCUCCUACACUUAAACCUGUACCUAUUCCUAUACCCGCAUGUGCACCACUUACCACCAUCCUGCCAGGACUGCCACCUCCACUUGUGCCUCAGACACCUUUCAUUCAUCGUCUUAACCAAAAAGAGCCCGAGAUCAAAAUUCAAGUGAAGAUCGUGUCCGAUAGCAAAAGUGAUAAUAGUACCUCCAGUCUGGCACUAACAGCUGCAGCGCCACCACCACCUCCGCCUCCCGAUCCAGUUGAUGAUGUGGGAAAUGAGCUUAUUGUGGAGAGCACACCCCAAUUGAUUGUUGAUCACGAGGAAGAGGUUACCGAAGUGUGUGCUGAGGAGAUUGUGGAAAUGGAUAUACCAAUUCCUAAAGAACCAAUCCCAGCCCCUGCUCCCACAGUACUAACUCCUACUUCUCCACCACUUAAUAUUACUCACUCCACUCCGGCUUCAGUUUCCUCUCCCAUAAAACAUGCUGUACUACAUCCUCCGCUGCCAAUUGUUGCGGCUCCACCUCCUCCGCCACCAACUCAAAUUGUAAAAGUAGUUCUGCCAGCCUCCUUAGCACCUCUCACCAGGAUGUCUGUGGUUUUGCCACCCUUGCCGCCAUUGCCACCUUCACGGGCAACAGCCCCCCCGCCCCCACCGCCGCCGCCAAGCACCAAAAGCAGCGGCACCACAAUGCCUAUAACAUCUAACAUUUCCCCGCUAAAACCCACCUAUAAAACCAUUACUUUGCCCUCACACAAGAUCAUUAUCGCAGGCACCGCAGGAGGAAAUCGCGUCCCCGUGGCAAAGGGGAUGACAAAGAGACCUGACCUGUUGGGAUCCAUCAUAGCCAGCAUGGACAAGCCAGCGGGGAGUGGCUCCAAUAGUAACUCCUCAUCAUCGACAUCCUCGGCAACAACGAAUAGUUCGCUCUCCUCAUACGCCAACUCUAACAAUAGCUUCUGAAAUUGGAAGGAGGAAUGGAAGGAGAGUGAAAGUAGAGGCUCCUUUUUGGACUUUAUGUGAAACUAUAUAUUUUGUAAAUUUAAUAGUCUUUUGGAAUUCCGUUUAACGGAUUUCGAGGGUGAAUUCUUUUCAGAAAGACCUCAGCGCAGAAGGAGAUUAAAUACGCUAAGGUAUAUCUUACUUAUUACAAAAUUGUUGUGGCUUAGGUUAAUAUAUAAAUUUUUUUAGUUGUACGAAAAUGUUCGCUAUUUUUGACUUUAUAUUCUGUAUAAGUCCAUUUAUACAAGUCUUAAGAAAAUUGUAAUUCCUUGUUCUGCAAUAUAAGUAGCCACAGUUUUGUGUUAAGUGAGCAAAAUCUCCUUCGGUGCGGAGGUAUCUUCCUUUGUAUAUAGCCAAAACCUUAUAUGUAGUCCUACACCUCACAUACAAACACCCCUAUAUUUGAUAACGAAUUGUAGAUUUAUAAGCUCAAAUCGCGAGACACUUGAUAGAGAUGUAGUUUUUUAAUUUAUUUACACCACCAACCACACCGCAGGCACUUUUUAGAUACAACAAUUGAACUUUUUUAAAGCAGGCAGGUACAUUUAACUGUUAUAGUGUGUUUUUUAUAAUGGCACGCACCUUAUUGGCCAGACACUUGUACUCGUUAAAAGUAUAAAUAUAAAGCCAAUAGGCUUGGCAAAGGUCCCAGUUUAAUUUCCUUCUCAACAACUUUUUUGAAAAGUGUUUUGAAAGUGCGUAGAACAAUACACACAUUGAUAAUUACAAUAAUAUAUAUAUAUACACCAUAUAUAACUGUAGAAUUAAGUCAGCUUACACGUUGAAGAAACAAUAAAAAUUCGGAUCGUAAAAAAA